UUCUGUCCUUGUGCUACAACGUCAUAUUGUAGAAAACCAGUCUCCUGUUUGGCGAGUUGAUAGAGACUGGUUUCGUCAAAGUAUUACCCUGAAGCAAGAGCACUCAAAUGAGGUUAUAAAACAUUUAAAUUAAAACUCUUAUACAUGACAUACCAACACACAAUUAACUGUCGAAUCGACGGAGAUUAGUCUAGUCGAAUGACUAGAAUAACUUCAUUUGACGCUACUUAAGAUCUUAAAUGUACACCAAAAUCAGUAUGUCAGAGAAAAUAAGUCGUCUACUUUACACAGACCUCUACCAAAAAUAUUGGAUAUUAAACUUUUACCUUAUGCAAUAGAGCGAUUCCGCGACUUUUCAAUUCUUGAAUAUGUUUACGCUUUUCCCUUCUGUCUUACUGUAUGUUACUUUACUUCCAUUACAUCAAACAAUAACAUUUUCCACAUUGCCAUCAAAUAUAACUCUGUCUGGAUCCUAUCUCAAAUUAUCUUGUUCCUCUGAAAACCAAAUAUUUCCCAUUAUUUGGAGUCAUAAUGGCAAGGAAAUAGCAGAAAACUGUCGAUUCUAUAUGGAAAACCAUCGUUACAUUUGCAACAGACUUAACGAUGUAUAUGAAAUUUACAUACCGAACGUCAAAUUCGAGGAUAGGGGUAACUGGUCUUGUGCCCACGGUGCAAAAUCCCAAAAAGUUAUCAAUAUUGAUGUUUUGGUAAAAGCAGAUGUUUAUCCACCGAAACUAUUGACACUUUCAACUAGUGUUAAGCUGCCGAUAAAUCAAAAUCCUACAAUCAUUGAUAAAGUUGAUAUAACCCGAUUACAAGAAAAAUCUAUGAUUGGACAUAUUUAUGGUCUAGGUACUUUAAAUAAUCCAAUUGAUUUAAUCAAUACAAAAGCAUACACAGAAAACGGAAUUUUUAUUGAAUGUACAACAUCUUGUGCAACAUCAGUUAAAGGUAUUUAUUGGAAGGCAAAGAAUUCAACAUGGACUCACAGUUUGCGAGUACAAUCAGGCAUUAACAAUGAUGAUGAUGAUGAUUAUGUCGAUGAUAGUUUGUACAAUCGGAUCCACAGAUUAUCCUAUAAAUCAGAAUAUACUAAUCCUAUUUGUGAAGUUGGUUUAAAAUCAGUUAAAAGUCGCAUACAAAUUAAAUGUGCAUCUGGAGAAAGUCAAACACCAUCUAAACUUUUAUCACAUACAUUAGUUGGAUUAAAUAAAAUCACUUGUUUUCCAUAUUAUGAUAAAGAAAUGGAAAAUAAAUUGUCUAAAUUGACACGUUACAAUGAAGAACAGCAUAAAGGAGUUAGUUCACAAUUAAUAAUACAUAAUAAAAAUAAUCCACCUGAUAUAACUCAGUCUGAUUGUUUGAUUGAUGAUGGCAAUGGUCAUUCACAAGCAGCUGCUUGUAUUUAUGUUUUGUGUCCUGUUCAUCUUCAUCAUCAUCAGCGUAACCACCUUCUUCUUCAUCUGUUCCAAGUGUUGCAAGAGGUGCGUCAGUAAGUGGAGGUGCUGAAGCUGUAGCUUCCAAUCUAGGCUGUUUAUUUUCUUUGGAACAUCUUUCUUUCAAAUUGACAAUACCACGGGAUAAUUUCAAGCCUAAAUGAUGCAUUUGAUCGCAAUCUCGUUUACAACGUGUUAAAUCACGAUAGAAAUAUUUUUCACGAAAUAUAUGCCAUAAUUGACAAACUAUUUCAGAACAAAUCAAUUCACCGGCAUUGAUAGCAAUCAUACGUAGUAGAAAAACACCAUCAUUACGUAAAAAUAAUAAAGUAAAUUUUUCUACCAUAUAUUUAUCUUUUCUACUAACUUGUUCACCAAGUUUUAAAUAUUUUUUUAUGAAAUGUGUACGUGAUUUUUCAUAACUCAUACGUGUAAACCACGUUGGUAUACUGAUUGCGGUAAUUGUUGCAGCGAGAACAAUCCAAAACCAUAGAAACAUGUAAAUACGUUCAUUAAGCAUAUUUACUGGUAGAACACAUUGUGCUGUUGCAUAAUUAUUAGAUCCAAAAUGCUUUAAAGGAACUAAACAAAAUCCAACACGUGGAAAAAUCAUUGUCACUUCCCAAUCAAGACCAGCUAAAAUAUUUCUAGAAAUAGCUACACCAAAUAAUGUAUAAUUUGAUUUUAAACCAAGAAAUGAUUGCAUCAUAAAUAUUUGUCCAACUGCAUUUAAUAAGUAAAGACAUUUAAUGAAUAAAUAAAUCCCAAAUAAUCGUGUUCCAAGACGUUUGCUUACAAAGAAUAAAUAACCCCAUUUCUUCAUUCGACGACGUACUCGAGGCCAUAAUCCAUGAUGGUAUUCACGUUGCUAAACAAAGAAAACAGAGAAGUCCUUGAGGAAGUUUAUGUUUGUAUAAAAAUUAUUACACAAAAUUUUCAUGGUUAAAUGUAAUACAAAAUAAAGAAUAUUUCACCGAAUAUUCGUGUAAUAUCAAACAUUUCUUUGCGAUUGGUAAAGUCGAAUAACCACUGGUUGCUUUGAGACGUUCAUUUCAUCAUUUACUGAUAGUUGAUUGACUGACAAUUAAGUCAUUUUUCAUUGUAAUCUAUUAUUAUUUCACUCAGUCGGUUAGUUGUUUUGUUUUUGUGUAAUUUAUCAGUCUAUGGAUGAUUCUAUGACUAAAAUUAUCAGUUAAACCAUGUGAAUUAUGUCUAGUAUAUUAUAAUAGCA